AUGGCUGAUCCUCUCUCUAUUACUGCGGGUAUCGUGGGACUCAUCAGCUUUGCCUUGCAGAGCUCCCUGGCACUCUGCAAAGUGAUAGACGACCUCCAAACAAGCAAGAGGGAAAUUCGAGAGUUAAAAAAGGAACUUGAAGCCUUUUGUGUGGUCCUCGAGUCCGUGCAUGAAGUGGCCGCAGAGUAUCACCAUGAGCUGAGAGUAUUGGAACUCCCGCUCCGACAAUGCGGCAAAGCCUGUCAAGAACUCGAGAAAAUAGUCACGAAAUGUGUGGAACGCUCUGGUACAACAUUUGGCGCCUAUGCUUCCUUGAAAUUCAGAGGUGACAGCAUUGCCAAGUUCAAAGACAUGCUAGCUGGCCACAAAGAUGCUAUCACUAUUGCUCUAAGCAGUGCUACUUUCCGCAAAAGUGCUGUGACUGCUGAUUGCGUCAAAGAGUGGGAAGAGAUGGUUUGCUGCGCAAAGUCAGAUCUUGAAGACCGUUUAAGAGAACUCGACGAAAAAUUGGAAUCUUUCUCUAAACAUGCUUCAUCCGUCGAUAUACAAGGUGAAACAGAGUGGCGACAACUUCAAGAGGAGAAGCAAAGCACAGAACAGUGUCUCGUGAUCUGCGCCGAAUUUUACGAACACAUUGAGAAAGUCGGAUCCCAGGUAGAAACCUGCUCAGAGUCAGACAGAGUAGACGCAGGCGUGAGUGAGAAAAUGCAGUAUACGGCGAAGCAAGCCUUGGGUAAACUGCUCCGGGAGUUUAAGUCUGAGCUGGCAACAGUCUCAAGUGAAUUCAACAACAUCAUCGAGAGACUUGAUCACAGACAAAAUGGGCUUCCAUCACGAUCAGAACAUAUAUCUGGCAAAGAUGCGACUACAAUGCAGCAAAUCCGAGAGGAAAGAAACAGCACUGCUCAGUGCCUUACCAUCUGCGCCGAUGCAGCCAAACAAUCAGAAAAAAUCCAAUCGAACAUUUUCGAAGACAUCUCCUCGGGCGACGACUCUCAGCAAUUCGUCAUUUCAUCGAUUGGGCAACUGAUAACAGCGCGACGUAUAAACACUGGCUCCAGAUCACUACUAAUGCUCGGCCAGCUGUCUGACGACACUAUCAGGCAGUCAUCUCGUAACCACGCCCUUUCUACUAAGGGAAUUUCUAAGCAGAGGGAGGCAACAGGGUCUGAUAAUUUCCAGGGACGGUACAAAGUAGGGCAUCAAAUCAAGGCUGAAGAGAUAGAGGUGAUGCAGAAUUUGUACGGAUGA